GCCCGAAUCUAAAACCCAUCUCUCUCUGAAUUCUGAAUCUGAGCAUCGCAAACCUUCGUCUGACCAAAAGAGCCAGCCAUGUCUCUCACCAUCCCCACCAAUCUCUCCAAGCCCAUCGCCACCCCGAAGCUCACCCCCUCCAAAUCAAUCAGGCCGACCACCCUCGUAAGAUGCUCCUCCUCCUCCUCCUCCCCUGAUCAGGCCUCCUCCACCUCCGCGGCGUCACCUCUCAAGGCCUUCUCCGCCGCGCUCGCCCUCUCCUCCAUCCUCCUCUCGGCGCCGCAGCCGGCUGCUGCCGACAUCGCCGGGCUGACCCCGUGCAAGGAGUCGAAGCAGUUCGCGAAGCGGGAGAAGCAGCAGCUGAAGAAGCUGGAGUCGUCGCUGAAGCUUUACGCACCGGACAGCGCCCCGGCCCUGGCCCUCAAGGCCACCAUGGAGAAGACGAAGCGGCGGUUCGAGAACUACGGCAAGCAGGGCUUGCUCUGCGGCACCGACGGGCUCCCCCACCUGAUCGUGAGCGGGGACCAGAGGCACUGGGGCGAGUUCAUCACCCCGGGCAUCCUCUUCCUCUACAUCGCCGGGUGGAUCGGGUGGGUCGGCCGGAGCUACCUGAUCGCCAUCCGCGACGACAAGAAGCCCACCCAGAAGGAGAUCAUCAUCGACGUCCCCCUGGCCUCCCGCCUCGUCUUCCGUGGCUUCAGCUGGCCCGUCGCUGCUUACCGAGAGCUCGUCAACGGCGAGCUCAUCGCCAAGGACGUGUGAUCGGAAUUUUUUUAUGCAUGUAGUAAUCGGAUGGCACAUUGGUCCCUAUAUCUUCCGUACUUCUGUUUCUUUCCUUCUUCUUCCUCUCUCUCCUUUUGUUUUUCUAAGGUUCUUUUGUAAAUUUUGAUUGUGGAUGGAAACAUGGCUUAUUCCAAUGCAUGUA